CGCCCCUCUCGGCUUCCGUGACGUCAAACAAUGCUAGUGCCACGCAGCCCCGGGAGCCGAGGACCAGUUUUGCAGCGAUGCCGCUCAGCGCGAGACUCUGCUUUCUCCUGCAGGCGUUUGCUCUCCUUCUCGUCCCGUCCUACGGGCAGAAGGCAGAGGGUCCCCCCGCAGACGAAGUCCAGAUAGAAAUCUUGCACGUCCCCGAAGACUGCGCGCCCAAGAGCAAAAAGGGCGAUCUGCUCAAUGCCCAUUACGACGGUUAUCUCGCUAGUAAUAAGUCCAAGUUUUAUUGCAGUCGCACACAAAAUGAUGGUCAUCCAAAAUGGUUUGUCCUUGGUGUUGGCCAAGUCAUUAAAGGCUUAGAUAUUGCAAUGAUGAAUAUGUGUCCUGGAGAGAAACGAAAAGUCGUCAUUCCUCCUUCACUUGCCUAUGGAGAACAGGGCUACGAACCAGCAAAGAUUCCACCGAAUGCAACACUGAUCUUUGAAAUUGAAUUGUAUGCGGUAACUAAAGGACCACGGAGUGCUGAAGCAUUUUCUCAAAUAGACCUGGAUAGUGACAAAAAGCUUUCAAAGCAAGAGAUAAACCAUUAUUUGAAGAAAGAAUUUGAAAGAGACGGCAAAAAACGGGAUUCUUCUGUUCAAGAUAGUAUUUUGGUAGAUAUAUUUAAGAAGAAUGACCGUGAUGGAGAUGGCUUCAUAUCUGCCAAAGAAUAUAAUGUCUACCAACAUGAUGAACUAUAAGAACACAUUGUUCAAAGGUCUGCUUGUUGCUUUAUGGACUUUGGUGUCCUGAUCUUGCAGUUUUCAUGGGCCAUGGAGCAUCCACAAGGAGUUCUCCAGGCAUCACAACUGAGUGACUUGGCUAUACUCACUUCCCACCCUGAUCAAAUCAGUAUUAAUUCUCUUUGUACAGAAGCCUUUGUAGAUGUAUCCGAAGGAAUCUAAAGCUCUGGCAUUAGAUUUGAUGAAUCAAAUACACAUUGUGCACAAAUGCAUAAUGAAGCAGCCCCGUUGGUUCCACUGGGAUUUAUCCUUGAUAGCCACAUUUUAAAAACCGUUUUUGUGUUACACACCAUUUUACAUACAUUCACUGUGGUAAUUUUUUAUACUUUUUUUAUCAAGAUUAAAAUUUGUUCCAUUUACAGUCUGAUAAACUGCAACAGAAAUAAAACCUGAAAAGGGGGUAUAAUUGGUAUGCUUCCUAAACUUAAUGGAACACUUUCAAGUAUUGAAGAAUUUCCAGAGUAUAAAUCUCUGUCAGGUAAACACAGGCAGUGGAGUUGCUGAUGUUUCAAGCAUCUUUUCUUUCUGCAUAGCUCAGAGGCUGCAUGCGUGUGUACAUGGGUGUGUGAGAGAAAUUUGAAGCAGAACAGAAGUAAUUGCCUUCUGCCCCAAUGCUUUUUCUAAAAAAAAUCGCAUUGGGGCUCUGUUAU